AUGACUUCACCCUCUUCAGACAACAUCUCUUCCAGGGAAGCUAAUCGCUCAGAUAAUGAUAUACAAGAAUUCCAGUUACCUCAGGAUAGAAAUCCAUCAGAAAUGGACACUGUUGAAGAUUUGAGAAGGAAACUCCAUAAGCUUGAGAAAAAAAAUUUGGAAUUAACCAAUCAACGCAAUCAAGAUUUGUCUCGCUAUGAGAAAGAGAUAAUAAAAUUAAGGUUGGAACUUGAGAGAGGAGAGGCUCUUCGCCGACAUCUGGAGAGUGAAAUGUCAUUUGCUAGAAAAGAGGCUCAUAUACAGAUGUAUUCUGCAGAGGACGAGCUAUGUGAUGCAAAAGCCAAACUUUUGGAACUGCAAGUACUCAAUGACAAACAUCAGCAGAAAGCAGCAGAGGCUGAGAAAAUGUUUCAAAGUGCUCAGUGGCAGUGGGAAGAGGAACAACAAAGAUUUGCACUGGAGAGAGAUAACAUCCGCAGAGUAUACCUUGCUGAGAUGGAAUUCCUUAUUAAAGAAAAAAUGAAAACAGAAAGGGCUUGUCAGGAAACGAAUGCUGUCCUGAAAAACAUGCUCAGGAAGUUGAGGGAUAUAGAGGCAGAGCACCAUGGCUGCAGCAAGAUGCUGAGGCUCCAGGCCAACCAUCUGGAUUUCAAGGAAAAACGUCAGGAGAGGCUCAUCAGGGAACUGGAGGCAGCUACAGUGAAAACAAAGAAACUGGAGGAAAACGCUGAGGCAGCGAGACUAGCACAUAUGGAAUGUAAAUACACAACAGAAAUCAUGCAGUUAAGAAUUCAAGAACUUGAAGAUGCUUUGAAUGAAGAGCCAGGCGGCAGGAGAGAAGCUUUUUCAGUAGUAGCACAGAAAGAUUUCAGAGAGUCAGAAAAUGCACAUGAGAGAGGAAAAAAAGAUUUACAAAGAUACCCUUCAUCCUCAAAUGCCCAGUGGAGAGAGGGGGCUGAGGACAGGAAGGAAACUGAAGACACCUCUGGGAGAUUAGUGAAUGCUGCAACCAGCUUCAGCCUGCAUGAAGGCCCCAUGAGUGAGAUGCCCAUCCUCCUAAACUUAUACCAGAGAAUGGCAGAUAGCCAUGUGCUUGCCAAAAAGCCAAACGUUCCCCUGGAAGGAUUACCUUGGACAGAGUUUUGUGUACUCUUGUAUGAGAAUGUUGAAGCCCUGAUCUUGAAUUUCCACAAGGCAAAUGAGAGGAUAUCUCACCUAGAAUAUAUUUGCAAGCACAAGACUGACACUAUGAAUGACCUUCAGCAGAACCAGGAGGAAGCUUUGGAGAAAAUGUCUGAACAGUUAAAAGCACAGGCACAUUGCUUGCAGAAAGAAAAGCAGUAUCUUGAACAGCAGUACUCAAAUCUCCUUGCAGAAGUUCAUGCAAGAGCACAGGAAUGUGAAGAAACGGCUCAGAAAAACAGGCAAAAACUGUAUGGCCUUGAACAAAUGUGCGAGAAACUGGCCCAUGAAAACAAUUCUGUGAAAAAUACAUUAUCAAAUGUUUACAAGGAUCGCUCAUCUCUGCUGGCAGCCUGUGCACUGCUGUCAGGGGCCCUGUGUCCUCUCUAUGGCAGACAGUGUGCUAUGUCUUUCCAAAGAGACCUUCUCCUGGACCAGGUGAACCUCCGUGAAUUAGUGAACCAGGAGAUCAGAACCCUCCUUAAUGCUCUCCCUACGAAUGUGGAAAACAAUCAAGACGAAGCAAGGCUGAGGCAGAGAAGAGCCAAACACCUGGUUUAUGUGUUCCGAAGAGCUGUGAUUGCAGUUCUGGCCUCUAACAGGCUUAGAACUCUGGCCCAAAAUUCUUGCUCCUUUUUUGUCUGGACAGAUGGCUCAAGAGGAAGCCUUGGAAUUCAAGUUUGUGUGGGAGAAUCCAGAGGCAGGCAUCAUGGGGCACGUUUUGAAGAGGAAGGAGUUGACUGUAUUGAAGCACUUGAUUGGUUGACUAGCUCUAACCUCUAUGCUGCAAUAAUCAGUUCCCUCUCUGAAGUGCAGGGUAUUCUCAGCAAACCAGAUCCAAACUCCUGGCUUUCUGGACACUCACUCAUCAGUGCAGCCAGGAACUCCUUUACAAAACUGAUGGACAAUCUGAGUGUAUUGAUGGAGGCAGUUCAAGGGAACCCUUGUGGGUGCAGAGCUUACCUGGAGAGGGACUCCCUGAUACAGAAGCUGGCUUGUGGACUUCACAGAGUAAAUGCCCAGGCCCUGGAAGCUGGAUUGUAUGACAGACUGCCCAGCACAAGAAACAUAGCAAUCUUGCAGCAAGAAGUAUUUGAAUUAUCACGGAGGCUUCAUACAGCAGAGGUAGAGUCCCACUCACUGCACCUACAGCUUGCAGAAUUCAAAUGGACUUUCAAUGAGAUGCAGAAGGAUGCUGAAAAAGCCCACAGACUUCAAGAGCAAUUAAAUGCACUUCAACAUAAAAUAAUCACCCAAGACAAUAUACAUGACGAACUGGAUAAAGCUUUGCAGCGUGAGCAUGAGGCAAGAUUGCUUUUACAAGAACACCAGCGACGGAUUCAGGAGUUAAGUAAUAGACUAGAAUUGCACACAUGUGCAGACCCAGAUAGAACAGCUCUGCUUUCUGACUGCUGACAGAGCCUCCAUGGUGCAACAGAGGAGCUAAGGAGAAGAGACCAAGUUCUGAAUCACCAGAAGAAUCUCCUGAAAGACAUGGAGCAGGACCAGCAGCGGCUGCAUGAGACUCUCCAGGAGGCAGAACAUGCCCUCCAACAAGCAGCAAAAGACAAAGAGUUGAUGAUUAAUCAUAUGAAAGCUGUUGAUGCCACCCUGAAUGCGAUCAGAGAUCAGGUUGUGGCAUCAGGUGCUGCAGCAGCCGCGCUACUCCCCAGCCUGAAGCUUGAGACCCUUUCAGAGGAAGCAAUGAGCAGCAGGCCAGAGGCUACGGCAUUCCAGAAUGUGCUCGUAAGUUUUAUGGAGCUCUACUCACUGGCAUCUGCCAGAGUUGAAGCAUUAACAACAGGAAGAGAAUCUUCAGGGGUUCACUUUGAACCUGAAGCAGCUGUUACGCCUUCUGCUCCUGCUUCUAAAGAAUCGUUACAGGUUCGCUUUGAACCUGAAGCAGCCACUACACCUCCUGCUCCUGCUCCUACUCCUGCUCCUGAUGAAUCUUUUUGGCAUCGUAUUGGCCGCCAACUAGCCAAAACACCUCCUGCUCAUGCUCGUGACAGCGAUGAAUCCUUUCGGCCUCACUUUGUGCCCAAAGGAGCUGCUGCACCUCGUGGUCCUGAAAGUGAUGAUAUUUUUCAACCUCGUGUUUCACCCCAAGCAACCGUUACACCUCCUGCUCCUGCUACUCCUGCUCCUACACGGGCUCCUGACGAUAUUUUUCAACCUCGUGUUUCACCCCAAGCAACCGUUACACCUCCUGCUCCUGCUACUCCUGCUCCUACACGGGCUCCUGACGAUAUUUUUCAACCUCGUGUUUCACCCCAAACAAGUGUUAUACCUCCUGCUCCUGCUACUCCUGCUCCUACUCUGGCUCCUGAUGCCUUUAUUCGAAUCAGCUUUGGGUGGGGGCCCUACGGGUCGCGCGCACACCGCCGGCACUCCCUGAAGCGACUCGGAGGAGGAGGAAUGCGGCUCUGCCUACGGGGUGCAAUGCAGGCCAAGCCGGGAUCUCCAUCCUCGCGGGUAAACCCAGAGUCCCCUUUUGGCUCAAAAGUCCAGGGGUGUCACCUCUAG